AUGAAACGUGCAACCCUCAUCCUACUCGCUCUUUCAACAAUUGUCAAUGGUCUUUCAAAGCCCACCGAUUCGCUACUUAGUCGCUCUUUCGCCUUUCCAAAGUCUGGAAAUGCGCUCUGGUACCGUUCUCCUGCGGCGAACUGGGUAUUGGAAUCCCUUCCUAUAGGUAACGGGUACAUGGGAGCUUCUGUCUUCUCUGGGGUUCAAAAUGAUACUAUCCUCGUCAAUCUCGACAACCUUUGGGCCGGAGGGCCUUUUGCUGAUCCUGCGUAUAAUGGUGCUAAUUGGGGAGAAUCAGAUGUACCUGCGGUACACCAACGUCUCAAAGCCCUUCGGGAGACUAUAUUCGCCAAUGGUACCGCCAACGAUCUUAAUGGGAUCACGCCAGACGCUGGGCAAUACGGAACGUUCGCCAGUGCAGGGAGCCUUGUGGUUUCCAGACCUCAAAUCAUCUCCAACUAUACAAAUUAUACUCGCUGGCUUGACCUGGAUGACGGGGUGAUACGUUCGACCUGGUCGGAAGGCUACAUAACGUUCAGAAGAGAGUACAUUUGCUCUUAUCCCGAUCACUCAUGCUCGCACAAGACUAGCGCAUCCCAGGCCAUCCCGAAAAUACUUUACUCGAUUGUACCCAUCGCAGAUCAUUCAGAUAUCGAAAUCUCUUGCAAGGGCAAUUCAACUCUUGUUCUCAGAGCCCGGGCCGGAGCAAAUGGCAUGGGAAUGCUCUACGAAGUCGCUGGUUCGGUUCGUCUAUCCGGCGAUGGUUCGACGACUUGUUCGAAUGGGUACAUCUCCGUGCUCAAUGCUACAGAUAUAUGGUUUACUUGGACUGGCGACACAGAGUACAAUAUCAACGCUGGUACUGCGGCUCAGCACUACUCUUUCAAGGGAUCCGACCCUCAUUCACAAGUGACCGGGAUACUUGCGAGAGUGGCCUCAAUUCCCUAUGCCAAGUACCUGCAGAACCAUCUUAACGAUUACAAGCGAGGAACUAGUCAAUCCUUCAGUCUAGACUUGGGACAAAGUCCAGACUGGUCGACACCGACGGAUGUGCUGCUUAAAAACUAUCAGGCGUGGCAGAAAAGCCGCCAGCCGUCGGAUGCGAGCACGACCCUCUUGGAGUGGAUCCUCGUCAAUUAUGGCCGGUAUCUGAUGUUUAGCUCUGCACGCGGGAAUCUACCGGCGAAUCUCCAAGGCGUCUGGUCUCAAGGGGCUUGGUCUCCAUGGAGCGGUGAUUAUCACGCCAAUAUUAAUGUACAGAUGAUGUAUUGGCCCGUCGAGGUUACGGGGAUGGACGUCACUCAAACGCUUUGGGACUUUAUUCAGAAAACGGUCGUCCCGCGAGGUGGUGAUACCGCCCAAACUCUAUACAACGUCUCAAGAGGAUGGGUUAUGCAUGACGAGACCAACAUAUUCGGCUCUACUGGCAUGAAAGGUCUCGAUAUUCCCAACUACAAUCCUGCAGAAUGGACGAACUAUGCGGCCGCCGGCGCAUGGCUCAUGACCCACGUUUGGGAUCAUUUCGACUUUACUGGUGACAUUGCGUGGCUCAAGCGGCAAGGCUACCCCUUACUCAAAGCAACUGCCGAAUACUGGUUAGAUGCGUUGCAGGUGGACGCAUACUCGAAGGACGGAUCUCUCGUCGUCAAUCCAUGCAACUCUCCUGAGCUCCCGCAAACCACUUUUGGAUGCACUCACUGGCAGCAAAUGAUAUGGGAGUUAUUCAACUCGGUCGACAAAGCGCUUUCGGUUCUUCACCUUGGCUCUGAGAAGGCUUUCCUUGAGGAAGUCAGAGCGGCUCGCUCCAAGGUCGACAGAGGUUUUCGCAUCAGCCCUAGCGGAGUCCUCCAAGAAUGGAAGCUUGACCUCGAUAAUUCGGAUCGCCUUGCUCAUCGCCACCUAUCUCCAUUGACUGGGCUCUAUCCUUCAUAUUCCAUCUCUUCCUGGGUACCUAGAUCUGAUGGUUUCAUGUCCGCAGAUCUCUCCAAAUCGAUGCUGAUAAAUGCAUCGCGUACCCUCUUGAUGCAACGUGGAAAUGGAACGAGUCCUGAUGCUGACGCUGGGUGGGGCAAAUUCUGGCGUGCUGCAUGUUGGGCCCAGCUUGGAGAGCCGACUCGGUUCUAUAGUCAGCUGAGUUACGGCAUCGCACGCAACUUUGCGUCCAAUCUGUUCAGCUUAUAUAACCCCUUCAAUACCGCAGAGAACACUCUGUUCCAAAUGGAUGCGAACGGGGGUUAUCCAGCGGCUGUUCUGAAUGCGCUUGUUCAAGCACCCGAUACCCAGAGACGAGAUGAAACUCUGGUUGUCACCUUACUCCCUGCUCUGCCCAGUUCGUGGUCCAGAGGUCACCUCUACGGUGUUAGAACCCGUCGCGGACUCGAACUGGAUCUAGAAUGGAGGUCUGGGAAACUAACCAAAGCGAGUAUCAAAGGGCCAAGGAUCCUCAACGGUACCGUCGUUCAGGUCAAAGUCCAAGGGGCCGGGAUCAACAGACAGAUCACACUCACCCGCGGUCAAAGCGUCACGCUUGCCUAA